GUAGAACUGCAACUAAACCAACCUGAACCCUUCGCUAGUCCGUCACUCCAGUGCACAGGCUGUUCAGCGUGUUGCCAUCUUGACAGCCCCAGGGUGGUUCUCUCCUGUUGAGCUUAGCUGGUUGGCUGUUCGACAGCCAAUCAGAGCCCAUGUCUCCCCUCUCAAGGCGAGGGCGGGUCAGACAGGAGAGCCAGUCUUGGACACAGACCCCAGAGACAGACACAGCAGACUCUGUAGCAUGCGGGGGAAGAACAAAACCUUGUCUGUGAGAUCAGAGCUGUCGUGAAGUUCGCAUCGGCAAAAGUUGGCAUCCAGAGAAGUUAUUUCGUGAAGUUCUCAUCCAGCAAAGCUGUCAUCUAGAGAAGUUACCAUCCCGUUAAGCUGUCAUCCCGUGAAGUUACCAUCCAGUGAAGUUACCAUCCCGUGAAGUGCGCCCAGUCCUCAGCAGAGCCAUGAGUCGGAGUUCUUCAGACGUGGAGGAAACUGGCAAGGAGCCUCUUCGCUACCUCAGUAAGGAGGAGGCUGUCGCCAUGGAAGCGGAGUUGUUAGGAGAGUAUCGCUAUGGGCAACAGCAGCUGAUGGAGAUCUGGGGCCACGCCUGUGCCAUCGCCAUCACCAAGGCCUUCCCACUGGGCUCGCUGGAGAAGCGACAGGCCACCGUGCUGGUGAUCUGUGGUCCGGGCCAGAACGGCUGCAUCGGCAUGGCCUGCGCCCGACACCUGCGCAUGUUUGACUACAUCCCCACUGUCUACUCUCCCAAGCGCUCCACCAUGGCCCUGCACCAGGACUUCAGGGUGCAGUGUGAGCGGACCGACAUCGCCUUCCUCUCCUUCCUCCCUAACGAGGUGCAGCUCAUCAACAACGCCUACAACCUGGUGGUGGACGCCAUCUUGGGGCUGGAGAAGGAGCCGUCCUCGGAGGCGGAGCCGUACGGCAGCAUACUGUCCUCCCUCCGACAUGUCAGCAUCCCCAUCGUCAGCGUGGACGUCCCCUCCGGCUGGGAGGAGGAAGAGGUGAACACGGAUCGUUUCAACCCCACCGUUCUCAUCUCUCUGAUGGCACCAAAGAAAUGCGCAGCUAGUUUCAGUGGGACUCAUUAUCUGGUGGGACGACUUCUUCCCUACGACAUCCAGAGGAAGUACGACCUCAACCCCCAAGAAUACGCCGGCACCGACUGUCUGAUUGAACUGGAGUAGGACGAGUCGACACAGCCUUUAAGCUGUAGUUGCUUAAUGAGUUCUGUUUGACGAGUAUAUCCGUAAUAAACUUGUUAAAUCAGUAAUAUUUCCAUAGUUUAGAAAAAGUUUCAACAAGCAGUUUAAACCGGACUAAUGAAAAGCCCAGAAAUGUCGAUUGUUUAAAUACCCCAAUAAAAUUAA